AAAUGUGGUCACCCGACGCCGCAAUGGACGAUGAGGAUGGCGGGGAUAGCGGAGGAGGAAACGGCGGGGAUAGCGGAGGAGGAGACGGCGGCGACACUUGCUUCCCCCUGCGGCGACCAUGGUGGAGGAUCCGCAGAGGAGGAGACGGCGGCGACACUGUCCGCCGCCUGCGGAGACCAAGGUGGACGAAGAACGAGAGCAUUAUGAUGUUAGAAGGGAAGCGGGCGGUGGAAGGGCGGGGCAGGGAUCCCUUCGUCACCAUGUCGACGAACAGGAAAUGGGAUGCUGUGUCAUCCUACUGCCGCCAAAAGGGGACGGAUCGGAGUCCGGAACAGUGCCGUAAGCGCUGGGGCAAACUGGUGACGGGUUACAACAAGAUACGGGCGUGGGAGACGAGGGACGCUGAGGCCUCUGGCGAGUCCUUUUGGAAGAUGACAAACGGACAAAGGAAGAAGCAGCUGCUGCCAGGCGUAUAUGACGACGUGCUAUAUCGCAUCCUUGAGGCGGACAAGGAGUUUGAGGUCAGGGUCGGCGAAGUGGGAGAGAGCAUAAAAAAAGGAGAAGAGGAAGAUGACGAGGAUGAGGCGGCGUUCUUCGCUGGGGGUCAAAAUACAACCGAGAGUGGAUCUUUCUCCGAUGUCAACCAGGCGAAUCUGACGAAGAAAAUGCCGUCGCCGGUUAGUGCUACGCUCAUAGCAAAGAGAAAGUUUGAACCCUUUCAGGAGGAGUUUACACGUCCUGAGAUUGCAAAUGAUAAGCUGCCAGCUAAUGAUUCUGAAGAUAAAUUACCGCCGCCAGGAAGAAAGCACUGGCAAACUUCAGAAGAUGAAGUAAAAAAACAACAAUCCUUGUAGCCAACAAACAGAAGUCCUAAGUAGGAACAACUCCAUGACGGCACAACUUGAUGCACAAAACCUCCUGAACAUUCAACUGAAUGGAGAUCAAUGGAGGGAACAUGCAAACAAGCUAUUCAUUGUUCUUGACAAAGUGACUGAUGUCCUUGGGAAAUUCGCAGAUAAACCGUGAAUAACUGAUAUAAGGAUGUAGGGAGGAUCUAAAGGCGGGGAAAGCCAAAGAAUCACAUUAUUCCUGGGUUUACUGCAUUGUUAAGUUGCAUCAUUUCCUCACUUUUAGAUUUAUCAGUAUCUCACUGAAUUACCUCUUUCCACAUAUAGAGAUUUUUCAUGUCUAGUUGAAAGAUUUAUCAUUGUCUUUGGUAGUCCAUGAUCCCUGGGUUUACUGCUGAAUCACAUGUUUCCAUCUUCAGAGUUACAUUUUUCAUGUCUAGUUGAAAGAUUUACAGCCUUUGUAAGUGUUUUUUUUUUUGACAUAGUUUACCUUCUUAUAAACUUUGUUAGUCAUUUUACCAACA